AUGGCGCCUCCAAUGAAGCCUAGAGGCUCCGUAUUCAACCCUCGAACAAUCACCGCUCCUAUCGCAGCCGUCAUUAUGGCCGGCUUGCUCUAUACCUACUCAGUCACCUCGAUCCGAGCCGCGAAGAGAAAUGCAAAACUGCACCGCGAAGCCGACGGUGGUCAGCUUGACAUGCGACGUGAGAGCUUACGCAGACAUGGAGUGCUGGAACAGGUCGAAGGCACUUCUGGCAUGCAACUCUUUGUAGAUGUCAGAGCGGCGGACAAGCAAGAGUCCAAGAUGCUAACCGAUAAACAAGCCAGACCUCUAGGUUCAGAGCAAAAGGAGGAAGUAGGCACACCUCGAACUGAAAAUGAAAGCAUUCUCGAAGGCUAUCGUGCCCGGGGUGCGCUGAAGAAGCUGAAAGAAGGACAUGCUCAAGAAAAUUGA